CCGGAUAAGAGCGGAGGGGGCGGCGGCCGGGCGGCUCACUCGCUGCCGCUGCCCGGGGGCUGUAGUGACCGCGCCGCUCCUGCUGGGGGCUGCCCGCGCCCAGGACCGCCUCCAUCGCCUGCUCCUCCAGUGCCCAGCUUCCCUGGCCAGAAUAUCCCCAUGAUGGCACAGGAGAGCAGCAGUACCCAGGACUGUGUGUCCUUCAGCGUGCUCAACUGGGAUCAGGUUAGCCGGCUGCAUGAGGUCCUGACCGAGGUCGUACCCAUUCACGGACGAGGCAACUUCCCAACCUUGGAGAUCACCCUGAAGGACAUCGUGCAGACUGUCCGCAGCCAGCUGGAGGAGGCAGGCAUCAAAGUGCAGGACAUCCGACUGAAUGGCUCCGCUGCUGGCCAUGUUUUGGUCAAAGACAAUGGCUUGGGUUGCAAAGACCUGGACCUCAUCUUUCACGUGGCUCUUCCUACAGAGGCAGAAUUUCAGCUGGUGAGAGAUGUGGUUCUGUGUUCUCUUCUGAACUUCCUGCCGGAGGGUGUGAACAAGCUCAAAAUCAGCCCGGUCACUCUGAAGGAGGCAUAUGUGCAGAAGCUGGUCAAGGUCUGCACGGACACAGACCGCUGGAGCCUGAUUUCCCUCUCCAACAAAAAUGGGAGGAACGUGGAGCUCAAAUUUGUCGACUCCAUUCGGCGCCAGUUUGAGUUUAGCGUGGACUCUUUCCAAAUCAUCCUGGACUCUCUGCUUUUUUUCUAUGACUGCUCCACCAACCCCAUCUCUGAGGACUCCCAUCCCACAGUGAUCGGGGAGAGCGUCUAUGGAGACUUCGAGGAAGCCUUUGACCAUCUGCAGAACAGACUCAUUGCCACCAAGAACCCGGAAGAAAUCCGAGGUGGCGGCCUUCUUAAGUAUAGUAACCUUCUUGUGCGGGAUUUCAGGCCCACAGACCAGGAGGAAAUCAAAACUCUGGAGCGAUAUAUGUGCUCCCGAUUUUUCAUCGACUUCCCAGACAUCCUCGACCAGCAAAGGAAGUUGGAGACCUACCUUCAAAACCACUUUGCCGAAGAAGAGAGAAGCAAGUAUGACUACCUCAUGAUCCUGCGUCGGGUAGUGAACGAGAGCACCGUUUGCCUGAUGGGGCAUGAACGCAGGCAGACCCUAAACCUCAUCUCUCUCCUGGCCUUGCGUGUCCUGGCAGACCAGAACAUCAUCCCCAAUGCCACCAAUGUCACCUGCUACUACCAGCCAGCUCCCUACGUCAGCGAUGGCAACUUUAAUAACUACUAUGUUGCCCACCCACCAGUUACCUACAGCCAACCAUACCCUACCUGGCUGCCCUGUAACUAACCUUGAGACCUGAGGGCUUCUGCAGUGGGAGCCCAGCAGAAUGUGGGCUUUCAGGUCGUGAGCCUCCUUCUAGGUGUAGGUGUUUGGCUUUUAAAGUGAACUCGGCUCUGAUUCUGAUUUUUCUGUGUGUCCCCAUUGGAAUGGGUCUGCAGUACACCAUGAGCCAACCUUGAAAGGACCCAUCUUACAGUGCCACUUCGGAAAAUGCUAUAGGAAGUGUGACCUAUCCACACCUUUCCAAGACAGACACUAACAUGUCACUUCCAAACUUUAGUGCCCUGGGAUUUAAGCUCUGUGGAAUAAUCAAGAUUUGGAAAACUUGGGCACCAGACAAGUGUUAUGCCUCUUUUUUCUUGCCUGAGCCUAGAGUAGGCUGCAUUGGGCCCCAUUCUGGUUUUUGUUAGUCAUCUGGGAGUUGUACUGAUAAUUUCUCUUCUUGUGUCAGUUUUAGUCAGGCAGAAAAUGACAAACAUGAGGGUACUCUUGUGAGUUAAUUUUUGUUUAUGGGACUAAAUUGCUUGUGUCUAGUCCCUGUCAAACAGAGCUGAGAAUUUCUUUCAUAAAUAAACCAAAGCCAGUAGCUGGAGAUUGGAGGUCUAGCUGAAAGUGGUUUAUGGUUUAGAAGCUGUGCUAUCUUAAGAAAUUAUGAGAUGUUGCUGAGGAAAAAAAAAUGAUCUUUUUCUUAAAAUUUAACUUGAAAACAAAAUAAAAUGUGGAACAUAA